AUGGUGGUCUGCAAAUGCCGUAAGGCUACCAAGUUAUAUUGUUUCGUGCACAAGGCUCCCGUUUGUGGGGAAUGUAUCUGUUUUCAAGAGCAUCAAAUUUGUGUGGUUCGUACAUACUCUGAAUGGGUAAUAGAUGGAGAGUAUGACUGGCCUCCCAAAUGUUGCUCAUGCCAAGCUGUGCUUGAAGAGGGGGAUGAUCCUCAAACCACUCGAUUGGGUUGCUUGCAUGUCAUACACACAAAUUGUUUGGUUUCACAUAUCAAAAGCUUCCCUCCACACACUGCACCAGCUGGAUAUGUGUGUCCUUCAUGUUCAACCCCGAUAUGGCCUCCUAAAAGUGUGAAAGACUCUGGAUCUCGGCUUCAUUCAAAGCUGAAAGAAGCUAUUAUGCAGACAGGUUUGGAGAAGAACUUGUUUGGAAACCAUCCAGUUUCAUUGUCGGCACCACCUCCCGCAUUCACAUCAGAUCCACUGGUUGCCAUUUCUUCGUCACCCUCGGUGACAAAAGAUGAAACUGGAACAGGGCCUUCUAAAAUUUCAGUGUCGGAUAUUGUGGAGAUUGAUAGUCCCAGUUCUGCAGGGAAUUAUACGAAAAACUCAAGUCCUGCCAUUCCUGGUGCUACAACACGAAAGGUUGCUGUACAUGUUGACCGGCAAAAUUCGGAACUUUCAUACUAUGCAGAUGAUGAAGAUGGGAAUCGUAAAAAGUACAGUCGAAGGGGUCCAUUUGGUCACAAGUUCCUCAGAGCUUUGAUUCCUUUUUGGUCCAAUGCAUUACCAAUUUUACCAGUUACUGCACCUGCACGUAAAGAUGCAUCAAAUGCAGAUGAUGCCUUAGAAGGUCGUAAAAGGCAUCAAAAACAUUCAAGGAUGGAUCCCAGAAAAAUCCUCCUCUUUAUAGCAAUCAUGGCCUGUAUGGCAACCAUGGGCAUACUGUAUUACAGAAUUGCACAGCGGGGCUUUGGGGAGGAGCAGCCAGAUGAUGAGCAGCAGUGA